AUGGAGGGGCUGCUAGAUGGAGUGGCUGCUUCAGUGGUCGCAUGGCAGCGUGGCGUCACAUCACAGCUGAUCCUAGAGCUUUCCCAUCCAAUCAGUUCCCCACCCAUCCCAUCUUCUUGCGCUCUUCCUUCUCUCCCUGCCCACACGCACCCCAUCUUCUCCCAUCCCCCUUGCCUCUCCCAUCCCCCUUGCCCCACCUCCCUCCCCUGUUCCUCUUCCCCCCACUCUCCCUCCCCGCUCCUCCCUCUCCGCUCUUCCCUCCCCCCAUCCCCGCGGGCACCUUUCCUCCGCGGCCUGCGCAGCUCUGCUGCGCGCAUGCGCCACCUCCUGCCUCUCCGCGUCGGUCAGCGGGCGCUCGCCGCGCGGGAAGCAGUCGAAGCACGACACCAGCGCGCCCAUCCCCGCCUGCGCACGGCCGGGACGGCGUCACAGCGGCGCCUGCGGAGGUUCGAGGACGUCUGGCGCGCCGCGCCACGCGACGGCGAGGCAGCGGGCGGCAUGGCGGCGGUGAAGGCGAGUGCGCGGUGCGCUGAGAACGAGGCGGUGGUGGCGUACCUGCAGGGCCGGCAGCGCGAGCUGUGCGGCGAGUGGGACGGCGCGCUGACCCGCGCGUUCCGCAUGGCUAUCGCGAGCAUCAGCGACCACUCGCUGCCCCUGCGCACCCUGAAUGACGCCAGCAAGCUCAGGAACGUGGGUCCCGCCAUCCAGCGCCAGCUCAAGGCGUUCUUCGCCACCCACAAGCCCGCCGCCCGGCCCCGCCCGCCCACCCCGCCCGCCAAUAGCGCGCUGCCAGCUGGCAGCGACCCGGGCAUGGCGGUGGGCGGAGGGGCGAUGGACAUGGCUCCCGUGGGAGGUGGGGGGGGAAGAAGUUUACGGGGCGGCAGGGGAGGUGGGGGCAGGGGAGGUGGGGGCAAAGGGAAAGGGAGAAAGGGAAAGGGAGGAGCAGCGCAUGGGGUGCAGCUUGGCGGAGAGAAAGGCAGCAGGGAGGAGAGGGGCGAGGGGACGAGGCUUAGCACGGUGGGAGCGUCUAACAGCUGCUGCCUCGUGUGUGCAGGUGAUGACGUGGCACAUGGCAUGGACCAAUCAGCAGCGCCCAUGCCGGACUCCAUCCCGCGCAAGCCGCCCAAAUACUCCCCCAAGCGCGGCUCUGCCGCCUUCGCCAUCCUCGUCACCCUCCUGCUGGAGAAGGCAAAGGGGCGGCAAGCAGUGCCAGUGGCGGAGCUCAUGGCCGCCUCCAGGGACGCCAACCUGCUGGCCUCCGUCAUCAGGUUCACGGUGCCCCCGGACGACCGCAGCUGGGGGGGGGCGCCGCUGCAGCAGUUUGCAUGCGGGUGGAGCAGCAUGGAGACGCUCGCCAAGCACAACCUCGUCGUCAAGACCGCCCACCCGCCCAGCUAUGCGCUGUCGGAGGAGGGCCAUGCCGUGGCGGUGGACUGCCUGCGCCGCUCCAAGAUGCCAUUGCCCCCCGCCGCUGUUGCUCUGCUGCCAGGUGCUCGCUGCCUGCCCCCCUGCCCCUCCCCCACUCACAUGCUGCCUCGGCUUCUGCUCUCUCCUCUCUCCUCCCUCUCUUCCCUUCCCCCCGUCGCCCUACCUGGUGUCCGCGCUGUGCCGCGCACGCCAUCGCACGCGCGGAAAGCAGAACCCACGGACACUGGGGGGGGAGCGGUGGGCAGACAGGCAGUGCAGUGGUCCGCGCAGUUGCUCAACGACCCCUCCGCCAUGCUCGACCUCCCAGGUCACCAUGCCGCCAUCACCAUGCCGCCAUCACCAUGCCGCCAUCACCAUGCCGCCAUCACCAUGCCGCCAUCACCAUGCCACCAUCACCAUGCCGCCAUCACCAUGCCGCCAUCAUCAUGCCGCCAUCACCAUGCCGCCAUCACCAUGCCGCCAUCACCAUGUCGCCAUCACCAUGCCGCCAUGCCACCCACCCACCACACCGUGCCACUCCACCACACCGUGCCACUCCACCACACCGUGCCACUCCACCACACCGUUCCACUCCACAUUGGCCCUCCCCGCCUGCCCCUCCCUCAUCCCCUCCGUCCUCGCUGGCUGCUCUCACGCAUCCCCCUGUUCCCCCCUGCCCCCCGGGGCAGGCAGCAGCGGCGUGGAGGGCGAGGAGGACUGGCAGUGAGCUAUGGCUGCUGCCGUGCUGCCCAUGCUGGGCGCUGGGUGCUGGGCGCUGGGUGCUGGGCGCUGGGUGCUGGGUGCUGGGUGCUGGGCGCUGGGUGCUGGGCGCUGGGUGCUGGGUGCUGGGUGCUGGGUGGUGGGCGGUGGGCGGUGGGCGGUGGGCGGUGGUUGGGUGGUGUUGGUGGUGGUGGUGGUGGUGGUGGUGGUGGUGGUGGUGGUGGUGGUGGUGGUGGUGGUGGUGGUGGUGGUGGUGGUGGUGGUGGUGGUGGUGGUGGUGGUGGUGGUGGUGGUGGUGGUGGUGGUGGUGGUGGUGGUGGUGGUGGUGGUGGUGGUGGUGGUGGUGGUGGUGGUGGUGGUGGUGGUGGUGGUGGUGGUGGUGGUGGUGGUGGUGGUGGUGGUGGUGGUGGUGGUGGUGGUGGUGGUGGUGGUGGUGGUGGUGGUGGUGGUGGUGGUGGUGUUGGUGGUGGGGUGGCUCAGCGAU